AUCCGAAUUUUCAACUCGAACUUGAAAUCUGUGCUGCUAUACGCCAGUGAAACCUGGUGUGUAUCAUUGGUCUUCAUCAAUAGAUGCCUGCGGUAUAUAAUUCGUGCAUGGUAGCCUCACAGUUGGAGCUCCUUCUUCGAUGUCAUCAAAAGCCGAUAGCGACAGAAAUUCGGGAGCGAAAGUGGAGGUGGGUCGGCCAUACUCUGCGCAGGGGCGGAAACGAAAUCUACAAGCAAGCGUUAGAUUGGAACGCAUCAGAGACAGACCCAGGGGCUCAUGGCGGCGCAGUCUCAAUAACGAAAUCGAGCAAGUCGACAGAAAUUUGACCUGACCACAGGUCAAGGCGAUGGCUGGCAAUCGCCCAGGAUGGAGAUCUUUCAAUUCGGCCUGGGCCUGGGUGCCGUGGGUGCCCAGGACUGAAAUCAAUAAAAGGCAGCCUCCGAUUCACUCAAGCAGAUUGUGUGGUACCGAAAGUCGUGGUAAUAAUGUUACUUCCCCGAGGAAGUAUGGUUCUUUUGCCUGCCCUAGUGGCAGUAGCUUUACUAUCAAAUGUUGCACAAGCGGAUUCUGCUUACAAUAGCAGACACUGCAAGAAACCUUCUGUUACGACUGCUAGUGGAACAUCAGUCUACCGAAGGAACUUCUGCUCUGGUGAGCUGAUUUUUGAAGACAAUUUCGAUCAUCUAGACCUGGAAAAGUGGGAACAUGAGCACACCCUAGGUGGCGGAGGUAACGGAGAGUUCCAAUACUAUUUGAACAAUCGCAGAAAUUCGUAUGUGGAAAAUGGGACAUUAUACAUUCGUCCAACCUUACUAGCUGAUGAAACUGGUGAGGAAUUUUUAACCAGUGGAACAUUGGAUCUAAAUGGAGGCUCACCAUACGAUUAUUGUACCAAUCCAGCGUGGGAUGGCUGCGAACGAACUGGAACACCAGAAAACCCUUUGAAUCCAAUCAAAAGUGCUCGCCUUCGUACAUUGCGGUCGUUCAAUUUCAAAUAUGGAAAAUUGGAGAUUCGCGCGAAAAUUCCAACUGGCGAUUGGCUUUGGCCUGCCCUUUGGUUGAUGCCUAAGCUCAAUCAAUACGGAACUUGGCCGUCUUCGGGUGAAAUAGAUCUAAUGGAAAGUCGUGGUAAUUUGGACUAUCGUGUUGCAGAUGGAACUCAUAUCGGUGUUGAGCAAGUAGGAUCGACUAUGCACUUUGGACCAAGUCCAUGGUUAAAUGGGUUUGAGACUACCACCGCUGCUAAGAAUUCCGCUCCUGAACAGGGCUUCAACAAGGACUUCCACCGCUACCAGCUCGAAUGGACACCCGAAUUCAUGCAGUUCAGUGUUGAUGAUGAGCCCCUUCUGUUCGUAGAUGGUAAUUUUUGGCAGCGUGGUAACUUCGACGAAAGGGCGCCGGGAACGCCGAAUCCUUGGGUCGGCGGAGGAAAGAUGGCUCCGUUCGAUCAGGAGUUUCAUGUCAUCAUGAAUCUGGCCGUCGGCGGUACAAAUGGAUAUUUCCCUGACCCCCCUGCGACGAACAAAGACAAUGCCAAGCCAUGGGAAAAUGGAUCUCCAACCGCUAGAGGUGGAUUCUGGUCUGCCAAGGAAGAUUGGUUGCCUACCUGGCAGCUGGAUGAAAAUGACAGCAAUGAAGCGUCUCUGCAAGUUGAUUAUGUAAGAGUUUGGGCAUUGUAGUAAAACAAGCAGUGGGUAUUUAUGCAAAUAAAAAAGGAAUUGUUUACCAUGUGUAAUCGA